UACUGCCCAAUCCACAGUUAUGGAGGGUGUUUCAAACCGGUGAGGCCGCUAGCCAAUCAGACCGGUCUCGUAUUGAGCUAGCGCGAGGCUGUGUACAUAGCUUUUAAAGAGGAGAGAAGCGAGAGCGUAAGACUGCAUACAGGCAAACAAGACAGUGAAUCAUUAAACACCCAAAAAAGGCAGAAUAAAUAAAAUCUGUUGGAGGUUGCAAUGGCCAAAGGCGACCCCAGGAAGCCCAAGGGCAAGAUGUCGGCCUAUGCCUACUUUGUUCAGACGUGUCGUGAGGAGCACAAGAAGAAAAGCCCUGAAAUUCCAGUGAACUUUGCAGAGUUCUCCAAAAAGUGUUCAGGCAGGUGGAAGACCAUGUCAGUGAAGGAGAAGUCCAAGUUUGAAGACAUGGCAAAGCAGGACAAGGUUCGCUAUGAUCAGGAGAUGAUGACAUACAUGCCUGGCAAAAAGGGAAAAAAGAAGGACCCAAAUGCUCCAAAGAGACCACCAUCUGGCUUCUUCAUAUUCUGCUCUGAGCACCGACCCAAGAUCAAGGCACAGAAUCCUAGCUUGGGCAUUGGAGAAGUUGCCAAGAAACUGGGGGAGUCAUGGAACAAUUUGCCCGAUGGCAAUAAGCAGCCCUACCUGAUUAAGGCCAACAAGCUCAAGGACAAAUACAAGAAGGACAUGGCAGAGUACAAAUCAAAGGGUAAAGUUGGCGGCAUGGGAAUGGCCCCCAAACCUAUGGUGAAGACUGUAGAGGAUGAUGAUGAUGAUGACGAGGAUGAAGAUGAUGAAGAAGAAGAGGACGAUGAGGAGGAUGAUGAUGAAUAAGAUUUUGUAUGUGUGUGGGUGUGAAGUUCAUGUGUUUUCUUUCCAGUUGGGGGGGAUUGCAAAAGGGUAAGGGAAACAUUGGUUGUGCAUUUGUAUUAGGUUUGCCAUUUAUUUAGUUCUUCCCAAUGCCUUGCACUAGGUGUUGUGCACCUGGCCCAAAUGUUCUGCAAGUUCUCUGCGUACCAAGAAAAGUUAUCAGAGUUAUCAGACUACAACUGUGAGAACUCAAAGAAACCCCCAUCUGUGUGUGUGUGUGUGUGUGUGUGUGUGUGAGUGUGAGAGUGUGUGUGCGUGUAAGCAUGCAUUUGUAUGUGCAUGUGUGCUCAUUCACAAUAGCUGUCCAGUGUCUCGCUGAGCCCUUUGCAGUCCCUCACUGGCUGUGUAACCGCAAGCAUUUAAACCAGUGGUAGCAUUGCAGUAUAUAUACAUAUAUAAUUUUUUUAAAAGAAAUAUGUAAGGUGAUGUGUAACUGUAUAUGGUUGACCUAGGCUUUGUUUUUAUAUUUUUAAUUCUCAUGAUUUUGAAAUUGCACAUAUCUCGGUUGUAAGUGUGUGGCCACUGGAAACAGUGUUGUAGCAAUGGAAUCCACAGCUCAGUUCACCACAGAGGCGUAUGCUGACUUGUUCAGCAACAUAACUGGGUAUGGCUGAGAAUCAUCAAUACCACUACUUUGGAUGUCCAGCUCAUUUUUAUGUAUGUAGUACCCUAGGGUUCUGUUGAAUUAUGGGUACAGGGAGAAUGCUAGUGGAAUUAUGUUUUUUAUUUUUAUGAAGUGCAUUUUUUUUCUUCAUCUCAACUGUUGUGAACUCCUUAUUUUAAAUGAGAAAUUUAGCUCCAUACUUUGCACCAGUUUUUUAAUGUUUAGAAAUGCUGUUUGCAAUUAAAAUAUUAUUUUUAUAUCUGUGUAAUUUAUUUAACUCUUUCUCUCUGAACCCUUGCUAUUUGUUUAACCAGAUUUCAAGCUACUUAAAAACAUUUGUCUUGGGUUGUUGUUCCUGAGUUGUCUAAAUAUGAACAAAUGGGAUUUAAAAUAAAGAACCCUUCAUACUGUU